AUGGCAACAUCUGCCAGGAGAGCAUACGGAUUCGGGAGAGCUGACGAGGCGACUCACCCGGACUCCAUAAGAGCCACUUUGGCUGAGUUUCUUUCCACUUUCGUCUUCGUCUUUGCUGGAGAAGGCUCCAUCCUCGCUCUAAAUAAGUUGUAUUGGGACACGGCGGCUCACACGGGCACAAACACGCCUGGAGGAUUAGUUCUGGUGGCGUUAGCUCAUGCAUUGGCUCUAUUCGCGGCUGUUUCGGCGGCCAUCAAUGUCUCCGGUGGACACGUGAACCCGGCUGUCACUUUUGCUGCUCUAGUCGGAGGCAGACUUUCAGUGAUCCGAGCUAUAUACUAUUGGAUCGCUCAGCUUCUUGGUGCCAUCCUCGCUUGUCUCUUGUUGAGGCUUUCCACUAAUGGCUUGAGACCAAUAGGUUUCCAUGUAGCGUCUGGAGUUGGUGAGCUUCAUGGGCUACUGAUGGAGAUCAUACUUACAUUUGCCUUGGUUUACGUCGUCUACGCAACCGCAAUCGAUCCAAAGAGGGGAAGUGUUGGGAUCAUAGCGCCGCUAGCCAUCGGGCUCAUAGUCGGGGCAAACAUUUUGGUGGGAGGACCAUUCGAAGGAGCAUCAAUGAAUCCGGCUAGAGCCUUUGGUCCAGCAUUAGUGGGAUGGAGAUGGAAUAACCAUUGGAUCUACUGGGUCGGACCUUUCAUUGGCGGUGCACUCGCGGCACUUAUCUAUGAGUACAUGGUCAUCCCCAGCGUGAACGAACCUCCUCACCACAGUACUCACCAACCAUUGGCUCCGGAAGAUUACUAG